GUCAUAAUGAUAUAAAUAUUGCAUGAAAGAAGGUUUUAUUAGUAUUAUACGCACAAUUUCACGACAAAGUCGCGCCUAAUAAUUAUUAGAGCAAAAUCUGAUAAAGUUCACCACAAGCAACAACAUAUUCGAAAAAUAAUUUAUUAACUUAACAUCUGCUGCAUUCAAUCAAACAUCAGUUGAAGACAUAAACUAAUUGUUGACUACGCAAAGGAGAUUGCCUUAUUAUCCAUACUCAUCGGGAUGUGAUCAAGAUGGAGCAAGAGUUAGUACCUUUAGAAGCUGGGGUGCCGAAACCUAGACCAUCCAGACAAGCAAGCGUUCCUAAUAGAUCCUGUUACAAAGGGCCUAUAAGAAUAUGCAGGCUGCUCAUAUUGAUGAUUGUGCUCCCAUCUAUAUGUAUCUUCACUCCACUAUAUAUGAAGUAUCGUGUCUUCUCCGGCCAAAUGUAUCCUAUGAGCAUGACAGAUAUGCGGCUCAUUGAUGGCAAGAUAUCACCUACUUGGUGCCAGACACAAGUAGUAAAAUCGAAUGCUACAUUCAACGCGUUCGUCGUCCCUGAUCUCCCAGAGUUGACUGAUGACCUAGUUCCUGUUUCAAUGACACGGAAGCUUGAAUUGGAGGAUGAUAUGAAGGAGUACUGGGGCUUUUACCUGCUCAAGGGAUCUACUGUGACUGUAUCAGCCUGUUGCAGAUGGCCAGGUGCAUCACUUAUAAUGAUAAAAGGCUACAAACACCUGCAGGAAUGCGCGUACAUUGGCGACGACUCGUCUGAAGAACUUGACGAACUACUCGAAGCACACCAACUUGGACUCAUGAAUAACGCCACGCUCUGGGAAAAGAUAAUGCAGCUGAAAAAAGAAGAUGGAAAAGCUAAUGAUCCUGAAGCAAUGAAGCGUCACAAGGCUGGUGUAAGUUUUCACGAUCCCUCCCACAUCAGUAACGUUACAUCAUCUGCAGGCGUCCCAGACAUCGAUGUUACUGACCACGAUCCUAAAGAAUUACAAGCAAUACUGGAGCACCUACAUGCACUACGUCAGGCAGCAAAAAACGAAGCCCUAAAACACUAUCAUCCACCAUCACACCUUAUGUCUCUUCCUAGUUUACAUCGUCACAGAGACACCAAUGUAGAUAAGGAUGAAAGACAAUGGAUCUCUUUUAAAGAUAUUGAUGGGAACUCAAGUAUCUCAGCGACAGAAAAGACUGAAUUAGAUAGUAGUAUUAUUAACAGUUCACACGUUAAUAGUAAUCUAAAUAGCACCACAGAUUAUAGUAUUAUAAUAAAUACAACUCAAAUAAAAAAUGAUAGCAUAGAUACCGAAUCUAUGAAAGUUAAUAAUUCUAAAGAAAUAUCAAAUGAUGAAGAUAAAAUGAACGAUAAACAACAAGAAUCCGAGAAUGAUGCAGAGAGUUCGAAGGAAGUGUUCCUUGAAGUUCUAAAUCGUCUUCAAGCGCUCGGAGAUAGGGGAAAGAGAGUUCUCGUGAGACUACACGAGAGUAUGGGAGUAGAAAAGAAAGAUAAGGAUAUCCCAGACGUGAAUCGAGUAAUGUCAGCGGUGAGAGGGAGUGACGAAGAACUAGAACGUCUCCGGAAGGUGCUGGUAGAAGCCAUUGAUGAGGAGAAGACUAGACCUCAAAGACAGGAAAAACGUCGAGUCGCUCGUGAAGAUGCAAGAACUAAACGCCAGCUGAUGCUGGGUCAAAUAGAACUCACCCAGCAACUCAAUGCAGACGAUGAAGCUAGGGACUAUGCUGCUGAGGAGGGUUUGUCCCCAGAUGGCUACGCAGAGCAUCAUCAGACAGUGAACGAAACGACACCAUUUGACAUGUCCAAUUCCGAAUUUUGGUCUUCAUUCUCCAGUAGUGAAGAAGCUUUAUUGGAAUGUGAAGGUCUGAUUCUUAAUCUUCCACUUACACCUCAUCGUGAGUGCCACGACGGAGCUGACACGUUGGUUGCAGCUAGGGCUAAUGCGCUUACUUACAGAGUCCCAGCAAACGGCUAUUACUUCUUCGUCUUUAAUUCAGAGAAUGAAGUCCAAAAAAACUUCAUCAAAGCUCGCUUCGACCUUCAGAAGACCAGAUAUGAUGUCGCCAGGACCACGCUUAGGGAGUGCAGAAAUAAGACUGAUAGAUGUGAUCUUCCACUUGAUAUAUUUUCCUCACAAAAGGUAGUCCUUGAGCUGCCCCUUCGAAACAAUGACUCUCUUUGGAACGAACAAUUUGUGAUAAUAUCGGAAUGUGAACCCCGGACUUCGGUCUACAUUGUGUGCGUACUUGCUGUACCUGUGCUUAUUAUGAUAUUUGCAUUUCAAUGAUAUAUAGAAGAACAUAUUACUACAAUAAUAUAUGAAGGAGCGUACAAUAAGGUACAAAAUUAAACCAAAUUUCCAAAUAUUAUUACUCCCGUUGAAUUGAUGCUAACACUCGUUGCUUGAAAGGAUUUUUUACGAUAUCGCGAAUGUUGGUUUAGUUUCUUCAAAAAUAACAAAUACAUAAUUGUAACCUAUUUAAAGUUCUUGUACUCCAUGUGCGUAGACCAUGGAGGCGAUAACCUGGGAUUUAUUUUAUAUUGUUAAUUGUUAUAUAGAUUUGUAUUUGUUGUAUAUUAGAUUAAGUAACACCUAAGUAACACUGAAAAUGUUAAGAAAAUG